AUGGGCUCUGAGCUGAGAUGCCCCUGGGAGGUCUGUGGCAGCCUCUGUCGCACUGGAACCUGCACCGUCAGCGGGAGUCAUAGGAAAGACCCCGGGACACCACGGAACCCAGAAAUGAAAAAACAAUGGGAACACCAGAACAGUGAAGAUAAUCUCAAAAAACCCAAGGGAAAUCUAAGAAGUCAUGUGAUAAAGAGAUUCUGUGAAAGUAAAGAGGAUCAUCAAGGUGGAGAAACCUUCAAUCAGAUUCCAAAUGGUAUUGUGAACAAGAAAACUUCUCGUGUAAGACCACAUGAAAGAAUUGUAAGUAGAGAAGUCAGCAUGGUUCAUUCAUCCCUUAAUAGGUACAAUGGAGAUGAUGACACUAGACACAAGCCAUAUCAGUAUAAGGAAUAUGAAGAAAAAUCUAAUAUACAUAACAGAUGUGAGAAAGCCUUCAGUUAUCACCACUCCUCCUUUGAUUGUCCUAGUUCACGUCAAAGACAUGAAAGAAUGUAUGCUAGAGAGAAACCUUAUGAUUGUAAAGAAUGUGGAAAAACCUUCAGUUGUUUUAAAAGCCUUGUAGGACACAUGGUAGGGCACUGUGGGGAUGCACCUUAUAAAUUGUGCUUCAAAGACAUGAAAGAACUGACAUUGGAGAAAAGCCAUAAGAAUGUAAGAAUUGUUGUCAAGCCUCCUGUACGUGUAGUUACUGUCUAG